GUACAACAGUGUAUAACAUGGUACAACAGUACAGCUCUGUACAACAGUAAUCGUGUUGCACGUGACUUUUGAGGGAAAUCAGCGCAGCUAGAUUUAGCCUCGAGCUGCCAGAUUAUCUACAAUACAAAUCCUACUACAAACCCUCGGAAAUAUCCCGGAUUAUUGCAUACGUGGGCUCGAAGUUAUGAAGCUUUUCUGUUUUGGUGUUGGUUGCUGGUACGUGCAGAUCGGAGGAAAAGGCUGCACAACUACGAGCUGAAGGCAUAGAAGCGUUUGUAUUCGGAGGGAAGGACUCGCCGCUUGCAGACCCAGCAGCUGCUCUUGCUGACGUCACUCACGUUCUCUGCACCAUCCCUCCGACUUCAAAUGGUGACAUCGUCGUGACGUCACUUGGUGAUGAGCUGGUGCGGCCUGCAUUCAUGGCACAAGUCACGUGGAUGGGAUAUCUGUCUGUAACAUCCAUUUAUGGAAAUGUCGAUGGUGCAUGGGUGGAUGAAACGUCUUCAGUCAAUGCGACAUCCCGGUUGGCAAAGAACAGGUUUCUAGCCGAAGAGCAAUGGAAAAAGAUUUCGUCGGAUCGUGGGGUGCACCUUAGUGUGUUUCGUCUCGGUGCAAUCUACGACAGGGAUCCUCCGUUACACAACAGGGUCAGGAGUGGGAUGGUACAACGCAUUGAUAAGCCAGGACAUUAUUUCAACUGGAUUCAUUCUGAUGACAUCGUGCAAACCGUCGUCGCUGCUAUGAAUCACAAACACGAUAGAAACGUUGCGAUUUAUAAUGUUAUUGAUGAUGAGCCGAUGCCCAUUCGAGAAGUUGUAGAGUACACGUGUGACUUGCUUGGAAUCGAAUGUCCUCCACUUGUGGAAUUUGAAAAAUUCAAGUCAACUGCUAGUGCAGGAAUGAUUGGUUUUUAUAACGAGAGCAGGAGGGUGAGAAAUGAUAAGAUUAAGAGUGUGCUUGGAGUCAAGUUGCAAUACUCAUCUUUCAAGCUCUACAUGCAGCAGAUGAUCAAACAGAAUCCCAACUGAGACAGAAAUUAUUAGUACGUAAUACAGUAAUGUGGUUAGAUCGUACGCAUACUGUUAGA